AACGCACAUACCCAUACAUCCACUCACAGACUUGUCAGUAGCUGAUAACAGAUUACAUAGUGCCGUUUAACAACAAUAAACACAAUUGAAUGUUCCUGCGUGAUUUAUCAAACUGGCCUUGACUUUACAUUCCCUUUCACCUCGUUUCCCCCUGUAUCCAAAUACCUCUAUACAAUAUUUUGCAGACUGUAAUGCAAAAUUAAAUGAUGUUCCUGAGCAUUGAAUCAGGCUUUUGCUCUGCAGGAGAGGGAGAUGCAAAUCGUGAGGCGGGCGACGAGAUGGACACUCAGAGCGAGAAGACCAGGCACCCCCCAGCCGGGCUGGAGGACUGGGAUGGACCAAGUGAACUGGACUCCUACCCGAAGGACGGAGAGCGCCGGGUACACACCCGGCAGCAGCUCCCAGUGGGCACCACGUGGGGGCCGUUCGAGGGCAAGAUCGAGAUGAACCUGGAGGGCGGCGGCAUGAAGACGAAGGGCCCGGUCCCGGUGGUGCUGAGGGGGGGCCCCAGGUGGCUUCUGGAUGUGACUUGGCAGGGAGCGGAGGACAACAAGAACAACUGUGUGGUGUACAGCAAAGGUGGCCAACUCUGGUGCACCACCACCAAGAACAUGAUGGAGGGCGAGGAGCUGGUGGCGUUUGCGGUGGAUUUCGACUCGCGCCUGCAGGCGGUGAACCACAUGUCUUUGAGCGAGGGCAUGUACCCCGCCAGGCUGCUGGACAGCAUCCAGCUCCUGCCCCAGCAGGCCGCCAUGGCCUCCAUACUGCCCACCGCCAUCGUCAACAAGGAUAUUUUCCCCUGCAAGGCGUGUGGGAUCUGGUACCGGAGCGAGAGGAACCUACAGGCCCACCUGAUGUACUACUGCAGCGGGCGGCAGCGGGAGCCGGAGAGCGUGGCCGAGGAGAACGACACGGCGCCCCACCUGACCCCCAGCAUGUGCCCCUUCCCUCAGUGCAACAAGAGCUUCUCCGGAGCCAGGGCCCUGGAGCUGCACCUGAGCACAUCACACACCGGUGUCAAAAUGGAAGAGAGCAUCCCUCCUGGCACCAACUUGAAAUGCACAAUCUGCAACUACACGGCAGAUUCCCUUAUUACAUUCCAGCAUCACAUCAUGUCUCACCUGUCACAGGCGGCCUUUAGAUGCAAUCACUGCCAUAUCAGCUUCCAGAGCCACAGGGAACUCUUACAGCAUCAGGACUUACACGGGCACGGCAACAAACUUCACAGGGACGCCGACGGCACCGAGCUCUCCCCCCGGGGUCCAGAGGACAGCCUCCAGCAGCAUCACGCCCGCACCGAGCUGGCCCACAGGAAGGAUGCGCUGCUCGGAAGCCCCAAAGGGACCCUCACCAAGGAGACGAACACAGAGGGGGAGGUCGACAAGGCUGAGAAGAAGCCAAUGCUGUCUAUGCAGAAGGGAGAGGCCCACCCGGGCAGCAAAGCCAGCUUCUCUUACACCAGGAUCAAGUCUGAGCCCUCCAGCCCGCGGCUGGCCUCGUCCCCCGUGCAGCACAACAUGCCCACCUUCCCCAUGGGCCCCUUCUUGUCUCAGUUUGCGUUCUCCCAGGACAUUUCCGUGGUCCCGCAGGCCUCAGAGAUCCUCGCGAAAAUGUCAGAGCUUGUUCAUCGGAGGCUCCGCCACGGAGGAAACAGCUAUCCCCCUGUCAUCUACAGCCCCCUCAUGCCCAAAGGGGCUACCUGUUUCGAAUGCAAUAUCACCUUCAACAACCUGGACAACUACUUGGUCCACAAAAAGCACUACUGCAACAGCCGCUGGCAGCACAUGGCAAAGUCUCCCGAUUUCUCCAGCCUGUCGGACAAGGUUCCCGAGGCAGUGAGCCCGAACAACGGCCACAGUUCAGUGAGCAUCCUGGCCGGCUGCCACUCCACGGAGACCGACAGCCACCUCAUGCAGUCAGCUUGUCUGAACUCCAGCGUUUUAGACAUGAUCAACGCCGGGGGCAAAGGGCCCGACAAAGAGCUACCCGGAGCGCUGAAGAAGGUCACCACCCCGACCGGCACCGAGGAGAGGGUUAACGGCAAGCAGAUGGAAGGCAAGAGCCCCAGCACGGGCCUGGUGGAGAGCGACAACGACCCCAACAAGACCACCUGCGAGGCCUGCAACAUCACGUUCAGCCGGCACGAGACCUUCAUGGUGCACAAGCAGUACUACUGCGCCACGCGCCACGACCCGCCCAUGAAGCGCAUGUCCGCCAACAAGGUGCCCUCCAUGCAGAGGACCAUGAGGACCCGCAAGCGCAGGAAGAUGUACGAGAUGUGUCUGCCGGACCAGGAGCACCUCAGGCCGCCCAUGGGUCAGCAGCAGGGCUUCCCCCCGAUGGGGAACCCCUGCACGUCCCAGGAGGCCGUGGAGGGCAUGGCCGAGCGCUUUCAUCCCCGGUGCGACGUGUUCCCGGGCAUGGUGCCCAAGCACCUGGAGGCCUCGCUCACGGUCACCAAGUCCGUCCUGCCGCCCAAGUGCAGUAGCGGCGAGCCGCAGGAGAUGGACGCCCCGAUCGACCUCAGCAAAAAGUGCUCGCCCGUCCCGGACAAGACAUGUAACUCCCCGAAAAGACUGUUGGACUACCACGAAUGUACAGUAUGCAAGAUAAGUUUUAACAAAGUAGAGAACUAUCUCGCACACAAACAGAACUUUUGCCCCGUCACAGCUGUCGCCGCGGCGGCAGCAGCGGCUCAGCAGCAGCACGGCGAGGCGGGCAGCCUGGAGCCCGCCGCCUUGUUCCCAGAUGUGAAGGGCGAUGGCAACAACAGCAGCGCCGCCGACGACGUCUACGCCAAGAGCCCGGGCAAGUGCGAGAAGAACGGCAACGGGAAGAUGAUGGUGCAAAACGGAGGCAUGUUCCCCCCUCACCUGGGGCCGCUUCCCGGGCUGCAGCCGUUCACCGAGCCCCAGCUCCUCCCCUCAAAGGACGAGAGCAAGAGCAUGUUUUUGCCCCACUGCCUUUACCCCGGAGCAAUAAAGAAGGUAAAAGGCGCCGAGCAGAUCUCGCCGUAUUUCGGGAUAAAGCCGACCGACUACGUGACGAGCGGCGCAGUGAUCCCGGGAGAGCCCGGGGAACCGGAGCAGAGCGUCAACGGGGGAGGGGGGGGAGAGGCCGGGACCCCCAGAGAGCAGCCCCAGCCGGCUGCUGCUAAUGGCUGCCCCCACCCUGGCAAGGAGCCACUCCCCCUGCUGCCCAAGAACAGGGGCAUGAUCAUCGUCAAUGGGGGGCACAAGCCCGAGGAGCGCUCGGGAACAGCGCCACCCCAGCAGGAGAACCAGUCCCAUAACCCCCAGCAGCCAGAUGGCCACUCCACCAAUCCCUCGCCCACGUGGGGCACUGAGAACACGGCCGACUCCAACGAGAACGUGUCGCCCACGGCCAAGUCGCCCGGUGCGGAAGCCCCGCCCGCGGCCAAUAAAGGUGUGAACGGGUCGUCACAGGCCCCCGGGAGCGGCAAGUACUGCCGCCUCUGUGACAUCCAGUUCAACAAUCUGUCAAACUUUAUCACCCACAAGAAGUUCUACUGCUCGUCACACGCGGCGGAGCACGUCAAAUAAGUCCCGGAAGAGGGAGAGAGCUUCUUUUUCUUCUUUCACCCCUCACCAUAGCGUCCCCUAACUUUCGCCCAACCAACUCCCCUACCCUCCCCCCCCCCUUUUUUUCUUCUUCCAUUUUGGUACACUGUUGUGUCUGGAAUAGAGCAUCUUGCAGUUCUUAAUGCUGCUUGUGGACAAUCAAGAGAAGCUUCUUCUUUCAUCGUUUUAAGACUUAAAAAUGCAAAAUCAAUUGUUUGAAAAGAAAAAAAAUGGAAAAUGAAUCGAGAAUAAUAUUGGUGCCACUUUCACAUUUAUUUAUUUUACAAUCAGUAUUAAUAGGAGUAGUGAUUUUAAUUUAAAUUCAAAAUGAAAUUUAUAUCAGAGUUGUUUGUAACGUUAUUGUAUAGUCAUUCUUGUGUAGCACACAUAUCGUUUACACUGUAAUGUAGGCUCAAUGAAACAAUAGACAGAACAUGAAGACAAGAUGCAUUUUAGACACAAAAAUAGCUACUGAGGCACUUGUGUAUUCUUAUUUGCUGUACCAGUUUUUUGUAUAUGUUCAAAAUGUCACUUGCGGUUUGCUACUAAUGAAAUUGUUAGCCUUAAAAAAAUAAAAUAAAAUAAGAAUCACCAUUUUGAGGUGAUUUAGUGGGCGCACAUGCAUACCCAGCAUCUGACAUCGUUUGGCAUAUACACAUGGCUUUGCAUACAUAUGUGGCUGUUUGUCCCUGUCUCUUAUCUUCAACUCAGAUGUGGAUGUUCUCAUGAAGAUGGCAGCAUUCUUGUAUAGUACUCGUAUUUCUGUUGAAUGAUAUUCUUUGAUCUCCCUUUUUGGAAUUUUUUGCUCUCAAUGCAAUACUUUGUAAAUGAGGGAACGUUACUAAAAAGCAGUAUUAUGAAAUGGGGGAAUUGUGCAUAUAAUUAUUUGAAACCCCAUUGGGAGAGAAAAAAAAAAAGUGAAUUGUACAAGAAUUAAGUUUAUUGCUGAUGAGCAGAAUGGGUGGGACUGUCAGUGGGGUACCUGAUGUAAAAUGAUCAUUCCAAUGUCCUAAUUAUGGGAGAAAAAUGUUUCUUAACAAACGUUGUUGCUAUGCAUGUAUAUGGAUGGAAUAAAAUUCCAGAUCUGUUGGAAAUUUUUAUUUUGAUGUGGUGUCAUAAUUAAACUUAAAUCCUCAGGAUAA